GUCAAGUGAUUACUAUGAUACGUGAAUUUCAAGGAUUUGGUGGCCUUCAGGUUCAAAUCACACCUACACAAUCAAAUUCUUCAGUUAAAAAGUCCAUGUUAUAUUCUGGACCAAUUGAUUGCAUUAAAAAAAUUUAUUCUUCAUAUGGAAUUCGUGGAAUUUAUAAAGGACAAAUGAUGACUAUGUUUUUGAAACGCUCAGAGGGAUAUGGAAGAAAUCCAAGAGGUAUUGAAAGUUGGAAGUCUUAUUUAUUUGGUGCUCUUGCAGGAUAUGGAAUGUGGUUGGUAAUCUAUCCUCUAGAUAUGGUAAAAAGUAAAUUACAAACGGAUGGCUUUACACCUCAGACCAGAAAAUAUAAAGGUAUUUUAGAUUGUUUCUCACGAACUUAUAGGUAUGAAGGAUUAAGAGGAUUUUUCAAAGGAUUUGGAACUGUUAUGCUACGUGCUGGUCCCGUUAAUGCAUCAACUUUCAUGGCUUAUGAACUUGCAAUGAAAGGUUUUGACAAAUUAUAA